CAGUCAUACGUAAAAAUGAAAAAUCUACAAAAAAUAUUCACUCACAAAGUCACAUCCUAUGCCAACAAAGUUACAUCUCUAUGGUUAAAUCGUAGUACUGUCACUGUGUGGCAUUUAUCGUAAAAGAUAAUUUUACUUACAUCGUAUGUAACAAUUUAAGUAAUGGUUAAACAGGAUAUACUUACCGUUGUUUUAAAAACACCCAUAGGCAUCGUAUCUUUGAUUCAUACGAGCCGUGGCAUUAAAGAAAUUAACUUGGAUAAAUCUGUGAACCACGAUCCCGAUAUAGUAAAUCACAACAUGACGAACUACAGUGUUUCUAUUGAAAGCAGCAGCGGCCCAUUAACAGAAUGUGCCCAGGACUCAAUACGUUGGGUGGAAAUGUUUUUUGACCCAAAAUCAAACUCUUAUUUGAAAGUACCUGCUAUAGAUAAUGAAAUUGUAAAGAAAGACAACUUUACCGGCCGCGUUUUGAGAAGUCUGAUGGAAAACACUGAAAGAGGCACGACCGUAUCUUAUGCUAAACUAGCAGCUAUGUGUGGCAGUCCAAAGGCUUGUAGAGCAGUGGGUCAAGCCAUGAGAGCGAAUCCAAUUCCCCUUCUUGUUCCUUGCCACAGAGUUAUAGCAAGCGAUGGUGGAUUAGGUCAUUAUAUGUCUGGUAAAGGUGACAAUAUAAAAUCAUGGUUGCUUGAGUUUGAAAAAUCAUCUGCAUUAAAUUAAGAUAUAUAUAAUAUAUACCUGUUUUUUUUUUUCGGUCGUUGAAUUUAAUGGUAAUCUUUUUUCUGUACAUAACACUGCCCUUAUUCUAUGGUGCUCUACAAAUGUUAUAAACAUAAUUUGGAUCAGGAUAUUUUUACUUCUAAUAUAACCUGUAUUCAUAAUCUCGGUUCUAGUGAAGACGCUUAUUUGCCUACCACUAACCCCAUAACCACCAACUUCUAACACUUUCCACCAGCCUAUUCUGCUGUGUACGGGAGGAUUCUUCACUGGUGUGCAGUGUUUUUAUUUCUUUUACCA